AUGGCCCCUCUCCGAAAUCUGCCCAACCUGUUGCCUUCGAAUCAGCCCAGCUCAGUGGUGCGGAGCUCAACUACCCCAUCCAUGAAAAGGAGCUUCUCGCUAUUGUACGCGCCCUCAAGAAAUGAGAAUUUCGGCCACCAGAAGAACCUCUCGCAUCACCAGGCAUGCUGGCAAGAGUUCCUUGGCCAAUACGACUUCUCGAUCAUCUACCUACGGGGUGAAGACAACACUGCUGCUAAUGCACUCUCUCGUCUUCCACCGCCCAACUUGUCUAUCAACCUCUCUGCCCACCCUGCCAUCGCACUUGUCAUUUCAGAUUCGACAAAUCUUACGCCAACCUUUGCUCCGCUUAUUACUGGCCCCACAUGCGGAAAGAACUUGAAGAGCUCUACGUCCCCGCCUGCGAAGAUUGCGAGCACAACAAGUCGUCAACACACAAGCCUCAUCGCUAUCGACUUCAUUGGACCCCUGCCCGAAGAUGAGGGUUUUAACUGCAUCGUCACUAUGACCGACCGCCUAGGCUCUGAUGUUCGAAUUGUCCCCACUCAUACCGACAUUUUCGCUGAAGACUUCACUGCCCUUUUCUUCGAACGUUGGUACUGUGAGAAUGGCCUCCCCCUCGAUAUCAUUUUCGAUCAUGACCACCUUUUUAUCUCACAAUUUUGGCAAGCCUUACACAAGCUGUCCGGCAUCAAGCUCAAGAUGUCCACGUCCUACCAUCCCGAAACCGAUGGCUCUAGUGAACAUUCCAACAAGACCGUUAUCCAAAUGCUUCGCUACCAUGUCGCUUAUAACCAGAUGGGAUGGGUACAUGCCUUACCUCUCAUCCGCUUCCAGAUUGUUAACUCUGAGAACGCCUCAACUGGUUUUACUCCUUUCCAACUCAAUCAUGGACGCGCCAUGCGAGUAAUCCCCCCUAUCCUUGCCUCUGACAUUGCUGAGUCCACCGUCGCCCACGGUCUCGACACCACACGUGCUGCAGAACUGCUCAACUGCAUGGAACUCGAUGCCCUCGAAGUGCAAGACAAUCUCUUCCUCGCGAAAUCUAACCAAGCACUCUCCGUGAACGCUUAUCGCUACAUGCAACGUGGCGACAAUCAUGUCGCUAAAUUCAUGGUUCGAUACAAUGGCCCUUACACUGUCACACGCACCUUUCCUGCCGCUUCUAACUAUGUCCUUGAAUUACCCCCCCACAUGGACCAACUGCCUUCCUAUCAUGCCUCCCUACUGCAUCCCUACUGCCCUAAUGAUGCCUCCCUCUUCCCCUCUCGUGAACAUCCUCGACCUGGUCCCAUUGUCAUGCCCGACGGUGAAGAGGAAUGA